AUGUCUCUUGCAAGGUCAUGUAUUUCUACUAGAAAGUGCCUAGCGACAUUGGCAGGUAUAAGGUUUGUAUCAACGGCCACAAAUGCACCAGUACCAGCAUCACAUGAGACACAAAAGGAAAUAAAGGAGUCUGAUGAGAAGAUCGAAAAUAAGGAGAUCAGCACCAAAUCAAUAGCUGCUUUACAUGAAGAUGACGACAUUUUACAGCAUAUUAGCGAACUAACUGUAGGACAGUUCGAAACAUUGAUCAACUCGGCACCUAAACCUUCACUUAACAGGGACGAAGUGGUUCUCAAGAAAUUCCAGCAGUUACUCAAGACUUACAUUAACAGAGAUGAAUUGAAGAGAGAGUUUAGAUCAUCAUCCUCACUAUUGUCGCAGUUUCCAAAUUUGGUUCCAACCAGCAAGAGCGAGUCUUAUUCCGAUGCGGAAUUGGCCAUUAGACAGCGACAUCAUGCGCAGGUAAUGGGAAAAUUGGGAAGUGUAGUGAGAGAUGUCUACAGACCUCAUCAGCUUAUAAAUCGUCCUCCAAGACCAAACCAGAUCACUGUGUCAAAGCUUCUUGCCUGUGGAGCACAUUUGGGUCAUUCCACCGCUCUUUGGAACAACGCAACUCAACCUUUCAUCUACGGAGAAUAUAAAGGAAUUCAUGUGAUCGAUAUGGAUAAAACUGUGAGUUUUUUGAAACGUGCAUCGAAAAUAGUCGAAGGGGUCACUGAAAGUGGUGGUCUUGUUUUGUUCUUAGGGCUCAGAGAGGGUCAAAUGAGAGCCGUUAAAGAGGCUGCUAGACGGUGCAACGGUUAUUAUGUUACGCACAAGUGGGUUCCAGGUACUAUUACGAAUUCCUUGGAGAACCCUAAACCAAGGCAGGAAGUAGAUAUGGGAGAUAUUCCAACGAAAAGAGAGUUGAACCAGGACGAGACAAGGAAAGUGAUCAAGCCAGAUUUGAUCGUGAUGUUGAGUCCAUUGGAAUCAAAGGUGGCAGUAAAGGAGGCCAAUCAGGCCAGGAUUCCAACCAUUGGAAUUGUUGACACAAACUGUGAUCCACAGCUCGUUACCUACCCUAUUCCAGCCAAUGAUGAUUCUAUCAGAGCUACCAAUCUUAUCUGUGGUGUUCUUGGCAAGGCUGGAGAAGCUGGAUAUAGAAGACGGUUACAAGCAGUUCGUCAGUACAAGGAAAAGUUGAGUGUUCCUGAGGAUGAGCCAUUGAGUGCGACGGACUGA